AUGGCCCUUUCCGGUCUGGAGCAACCUCUCGAAAGCGUUGGACUCAACGGCCAGGCCAAGGACGGUCCGACUGUCCUUGACGGCAGCAAAACGGUCGACAUGGGAUCCAUAGAAGCUGACACUGACAGUCCGGCGGAUUCUCAAUGGGAAGAUGAGUCUGAGGAGUCACCAAGCGUCUUUGCAGACUUUGUGACGAUGGGAAUGUUUAUCAUCGACGAGAUCGAGUACUUGCCCCCAAAGCCGCCAGUGCGCGACAUUCUUGGUGGCGGCGGCGCCUAUGCUGCGCUGGGCGCUCGUCUGUUCUCCCCCGCCCCGGAUCUGUCACGGACCGUCGGAUGGGUUGUUGACAAGGGUUCAGACUUCCCCAAAGCGAUGGCUGACCUCAUCGACAGCUGGGAGACAGCCGUCGUCAUGCGGUCCGACCCAGAUCGCUUGACCACGCGGGGCUGGAACGGCUACGACGCCGCUGAGCGCCGAGCGUUUCGCUACAUGACGCCCAAAAAGCGGCUGACAGCCGAAGAUCUGCCGCCCUCGCUUCUGACGGCUCGCGCAUUUCACAUUCUCAGUUCUGCCUCGCGUUGUCGCGACCUCGUGGAAGACAUCAAGGCGAGGCGCCGCAAAGCCAUCGCGGCUCUGGGCCCGGAUGCGUCGGCUACGGCGGACAUUCUAGCGCGGCCCUACUUCAUUUGGGAGCCCGUGCCUGACCGCUGUACACCCGACGAGCUUCUCGACUGCACCAACACACUCCCUGUAGUUGACGUCUGCAGUCCAAACCACACAGAACUGGCGAGCUACAUGGGAGACCCGCACUGUGGCAUGGACCCUGAGACCGGCAAACCAUCCAAGGCCGCCGUUGAGCGUGCCUGCGAGCAGCUCCUCUCGGCCAUGCCGCUUCAAUCAUAUGCGCUCGUAGUACGGGCAGCCGAGUACGGCUGCUAUGUCGCGAAAAACGGAGGCCGGCGGUUCCUACGCUCCGACAAGAACGCGGCGCCCAAGAAAGAAGCACCGCCGAGAAAGGCGGUGCCCAAACAAGACCUACACGGCGGCCUGCGCCCCGACAUUGACAUGGAGGCUCUGUUUGCUGGCUUGAUGCAAGAUGAAGAAGGGUCGAUUGCUCGCGACGAAAUCACAUUUGAUGCUGGCGUUGAGGUCUGGAUCCCGGCCGUGUCUGGCGAGGCCGCGGAGGCAGCAGACGGUGACGCCGAGAGUAUUGCCGGCAAGAAGCUACAGGUGGUCGAUCCAACUGGUGGCGGCAACUCGUUCCUUGGCGGCUUUACCGUGGCCCUUGCGCGCGGCAAGAGUCUCGACGAAGCUGCUGUGUGGGGCAACGUGGCUGCCAGCUUUGCUAUCGAGCAGGUCGGUGUGCCUGUGUUGGGCCAAGACGCCGACGGCCAAGAGACGUGGAACGGAGUUCGAGUCGAGGACCGCUAUGCAGCGUACGCGUCUCUGCUUCGUAAAAGGGGUAUUCUAAUGGACUGA